CUUAGUGUCAGCAGUAGUCAGUCAGCCAUGUUGAAGUGGAAAUGUUGAGUGUUUGGGUGCGCGUAUGGUGAAUUUUAUUACUUGAGGAGUUUUGUGUAUGUGUCAAAGAAAAGUGCUAGAAUAGUGAACAUUAACACCGUUUGUGGUUCGAAAAUGAGUUGGGGAACGGAACUGUGGGACCAGUAUGAAACGAUAGCGCUCCACACACAGAAAGGGAUUGAUUUUUUAGAGAAAUAUGGCCAUUUUAUCCGGGAGAGAUGUGCAAUCGAGAUGGAAUAUGCAUCGAAGCUACGGAAACUUGUAAAGAACUACCAACCAAAGAAGAAAGAUGAAGAGGAUUACCAGUACAGUCCUUGCAGAGCAUUCAAACAUGUGAUGACAGAAAUAAAUGAUCUAGCAGGACAGCAUGAAGUGAUAGCAGAAAACCUUCAGUUGAAUGUGAUCCGUGAGGUUUCAAUUUUAGUAAAAGACUUCAAAGAAGAACGGAAAAAACAUUUACAAGAAGGUGCUCGUAUGAUGUCAAACUUGAGUGCUCAGAUUGGUUCUCUGGACAGAGCUCGCAAAAACUAUGAAAAAGCAUUCAAGGAAGCAGAAAGGGCGUUGGAUAACUUUCAGAGGGCAGAUGCAGACUUGAACUUAUCACGAGCUGAAGUAGAGAAACAGCGGAUGAACAUGUCCAUUAAAUCACAGCAGUGUGAAGAAACAAAAAAUGAAUAUGCUAAUCAGCUUCAAAAGACCAAUGAUUUACAGAAUCAGCAUUACCACACAAUGAUGCCAGAUGUUUUCCAUCAUCUACAAGAACUAGAUGAGAAAAGAAUAAAGAAUAUCAAGAAUUUCAUGAUACAGUCAGUUGACAUUGAGAGAAAUGUGUUUCCUAUCAUCAGCAAAUGUUUAGAUGGCAUUGUAAGAGCAGCUGAACAGAUAAAUGAGAAGGAGGAUACACAGAUGGUUAUAGAAAGAUAUAAAUCAGGAUUUCAACCACCAGAAGAUAUUCCAUUUGAAGAUCUUAGUGCAAUAAAGAGUGGUGAAGUUUCUGCCCCAAUCAACACUGUUGCUAUUACUGCCAUCAGACCAGAAGCCAUGACAGUUAAAGGCACCAUGUCAACAGGGAAGAUAAAGAAGAGGGUUGGCCUCUUUGGCAUCUUUAGCUCUAAUAAGUUCAUUGAAGUGUGCAUUGCUUUCAAGAACAACUUCUCAUCAUAUGGGGAAAACAAGGAGGACUACAGUGAUCUUCCACCUAACCAGAGGAAGAAGAAACUUCAGUUACGAGUAGAAGAUAUCACAGCCAAGAUUCAGCAAGAGACUGCUGCAAGAGAUGGCUUGAUGAAGAUGAAGGGUGUGUAUGAGCAGAAUCCUGCAUUAGGCGAUCCCAUGUCCAUUGAAGGACAGCUAAAUGAGAGUGGCCACAAGUUGGACAAGCUGCGACAGAAGUUACAGAAAUAUCAAGGAUAUUUGGAAGAAGCAGUAGAGGGUGUGAACAAUAAGUCUGGACAACAGUCAGGAGUUGUUCUCUCUGUGUCACCUUCUGCUCCAAGUCGUCGAAAUAAAGGGGUUGCCCCAGGGCAUCAUCUGAAUGGAGGACAUCUUAAUCGACAUCACAGAAAUAGUGGUGGGUCAGGGGGGGAAGAGGAUUCACUUAGUCGCUCAGCUUCGGACUCCAGUGUUUCAAAUCCAGCUGUAAACCAUAAGCAGUCAGCUCCUGGCACACCACUGCCAUCACAUGGCUCCUCAAACAGUCCCGAGUCUGGCCUGGGAACAUCUCAUACCAGUCUCCCCGACUCUGACCCAGAACAUGGUGACACUGAUGCCCAAGGCCAGCCAUGCAGUGACUACUGUGAUGGAGAAGUACUCCCAGCCCUUGGUGUAUGUAAAGCACUCUACCCAUUUGAAGCUACAAGCGAGGGCUCCAUACCAAUGCAUGAUGGCGAAGAACUCCACAUUGUAGAGUUGGACCAGGGUGAUGGCUGGACACGAGUACGGAGACAAAUUGACAUGGAGGAAGGAUUUGUACCCACAUCAUAUAUUGAAUGCACACUUUUUAGCAGUUGUUAAUGGACAUGAAAUUUAAAAUGCAGGCUGUAAAUAAGGUUGCACUGGAGUGAAAUCCAGAACCACAACUCAACUCGUCCAUAGCAAGUUCCGUUCCAAUGCUCCUUCGUACUGAUUUUUCUGGACAGACUUGUUCUUAGUUUUCAGACUCUCAUAGCAAAUAUUAUUGGGGGGGGAUUGCAGAAUGGGAGCAGUUGGAACAUUCGGGAAUUGGCUGUUAGAUGCAAGUGAAGAGCAGUUACUGUGAUGGUUAGAGUUUUGUGUUGUAAGUAUUUGGUUGCACGUCUGAAAGUAGAGAAGAUCAAGUCUUUAAUGGUGUAGGGAACAUGAAAUGGCAACAAUUUGGUAACAAUUUUAUUAUAAUUACUCUAAAAAUGGAUUGUAAUUUUUGGUCAAAAAGUGCCAAAACUGUUGUUGGUCAGAACUGGGUUGUGUUCUAGCUCAUAUUAAUAAUUUCUGCUAUAUCUAGGAGGUUGAUAAUGUAUUGUUUUCAUCAGUGACAGAUAAACAAGGGGAAACUUUCCCUGUAGGAAAACAUGGGUUUUUGAUAAAGUCUUGACAAACUCCAAUUCAUUUCAUUCAUUUUUAGUGGCUCUGUUAUGGAAUUGUAACCAAGCUUCAAAAAGUGGUUAACUUAUUGUUGAUCAGUGCUCAGGUCUGUAGGUUAGUAAUGAAGAGUUUUGAUCAGUCACAAGUAGCUUUUGAAAAUGCAUACUUAGGGAGGCUUAGUUUUUGUAAUUACACUCGUCAUGUUCUGUUAUUGAUGUGGGAAACUGGAAUGAAGGCAGUGUUGUUAGAGUUGGGCACUAUAAUACAAUUUUUAGUGUUCAUAACUAGAAACAGGCAUGAAAAACUUAUGUUUUAUACACUUGGGCUGUUGUAUAUUGUAUCUUUAACUCUUGGAAAUAAUUACAGACACAAAUGAUGAAUGUUGAAGUUUAUACACUAGGGAAAUGUGAAACUGCUAUGCUCAUAUUAUAUGUGUGGAUGUACUGAACAGCUUAUAACAAUAAUAAUAAUAAAAUAAUAUAUGACAAAUUAUGUCAGUGGCAUGAAAAUGGUGUCCCGUAAAUUAGGUGUUCGAUAUGCACCACCUUACAGCAAGUAUAUAGACACAGAGCAGUUCAGCAUAUAUCGAUGAAAUAGAAACACUAAUACUUUUAUAUUAUAAAGGUGAAGUUGUGAUUUAUUUUUUAUUUCUUGCCUUUAGUUUUUAUGACAUUAUGCUAAUGAAUGAACGCUUGAAUGGAUUUUUAUUUCAUAACUGUUUCUGUGUUUGUGUUUACCUGCACAUGUGUGCACAUGCAGAAUAAUACAUAUAAACAGAACACACACACAGCUUGAUAUAUUCAAUAGUCUGUGCUCUACUUUCACAUUGUUUCUGAAAACUGAUGUAUACACGGUGUGAUAAUGUUUCAUGUUUCUGACUUGCUAGUUUUGUUAGUGUAGCUCAUAUAAGUGUUGUGGACCAAAUUAAAUUUAGAAACUACACUUUUAAACAGAUGCAUAGAGCAGGAGUGUUCAAAACUUAAGUCACUCUUUUGAAGCUGAUAGUUAUAAUAAUGUAAUGAAAAUAUAAGUAAGUACAGCAAUCUCUUAGAAGAGCUGAUGGGAGUUUGGGUUGUUUUAAUAAUGGCCACUGUUGGCAUGAGGAGGCAGUGUAAUAUCCUACAACUUGGGAGUAUAGGUCCUUCUGUCUGCUAGGUGAUGAUAGCUCAAAGUCAGGUGGCAGCUUUGUUAUCUCUCGCAUUGAUUCCGAACAUGUGGUUGACUACAACUAAUGUUCUGGGAGAUGAAGUGAGUGCUGUUAAUGAGUGAAAUCCCGUGACAGUCCAGCAGAGAGGUAGAGUAAUUUAUCUUGUUAGAAAAGAGAUGAUGGAAAUCCAAUUAUGAAGGUUAGAGCAGAGCAGACCACAGGUAGUUGUUUUUUGUAGGUCAGAGCCUCUGAUGGACAUCCUGACACUGAGAUUAUGAAAUGUCUUUUCCCUCUUCUCAUGAAAUCUGAAAUGGUUUGUAAACACAUUGCAGCUGGUUGAGUUUUACAUCACAUAUACUGUCCAGGCUCUGUCUUGCCGUCAUACCGUGCUUCCCCUUCUCACAGAAAUAUACACAUUCUUUUGUCUUACUUUCUUUGAUUAUGCAUGUGGGGUUCAUAACAUGAGUGAAAAACAGAACCCAUUGUAGCUCAAGGUUUGUAGGUUGUUUUUAUAUGGUUGCAUUCCAUUUUGAGCUAUAAUAGGCGGUAUUAACACAAACUUGCCGGUCAUGGUAGCCAAGCGGUCUAAGGCAUGUACUGUCUUUGCUCGCCUGGAAACCGGGAUUGUGGGUUUGAA